GUGGAUACGUAUUUGUGUGGAACGUCACAGAACCUGCGCUGUUUCCCAUCGCAACGUUUACACUCGGUAACUUCUUUAUUGUAAAUACAAUCUCGAAACGUCAAAAAGACAGCGAUCAGGAUAAGUGCAAAUUUGCAACUGUUAUUAACUGUUUAUUGAAAACAAUGCCGAAAGCAAGUGACAGCCUGUGGGAGAUUGCUGUGGCCGAGGUGCAGAGCCGAGAGACUGAAGGCAGCAGGGAGACGGAGGUCGGGGAGAGAGCCGUGUUCUUCAUGGGCAACAAGAGCGGGGGCAAGACGUCGAUUAUUCUGAGGUGUCUCGACAGAGACGAAGCACCGAAACCCACUCUAGCACUGGAAUACACUUUCGGAAGGAGAGCGCGAGGACACAACACGCCAAAAGACAUUGCUCAUUUUUGGGAAUUAGGCGGAGGUACCUCCCUCUCGGAUCUCAUACAGAUUCCCAUUACAACCGACAAUGUAAGGUCUCUGUCUGUCGUUGUUGUUCUGGACCUCUCGAAACCCAGUGAUCUGUGGCUCACCAUGGAGAAGCUCCUGCAGGUGACGGGAGCCCAGGUGGACAAGGUCUUCACUGAGCUGGUGAAGAGUGACACCAAAGCCAACAAAGAGACAAGACAGCGAGGCGCGAGGACUCUACCAAAGGACUAUCCGGACCGUGAGUUAAUUGAUCCGUUCCCUGUUCCUCUGCUUAUAAUAGGAAGCAAGUUUGAUAUUUUUCAGGAUUUUGACUCGGAGAAGAGGAAGGUCAUUUGCAAGACACUGCGGUUCAUCGCGCAUUAUCAUGGAGCCUCAUUAGUUUUCACUAGCAGCAAGACUGAAAGUCUAAUGUCUAAGACACGGAGUCUGAUUAAUCACCUCGCGUUCGGAACAGAAAGAGGUAAAUCUGUAUCCUUGGACCAGAACAAGCCAUUGUUAAUCCCUGCAGGGAUGGAUUCACUGGGUCAGAUUGGUUCUCCCCCUGCCUCCGAUGCUGAUAUUGGGAAGCUGCAGGCUAAGACCCCCCUGGACCUGUGGAAGAAGGUGUACGAGAGGCUGUUCCCACCCCAGAGUACCAGCACUCUGAAAGACAUCAAAGACCCAGCCAAAGAUCCACAGUAUUCAGAACCUGAGAUCGAUGCAAUGAGAGCACAGAAGGACCAGGAACUGGAACAAUACAAGAGAAACGCAUCAAAGUCCUGGAAAGGAAUGGACCUGGAUUCUCGGCCCAGUUAGGAGUUGCACUUCCAUGGUCAUCCCAGAGCGCCUCGACUCUCUAGUUAAGAGCAGAGAUUCCAUGGUCCGUGUGUCAACGGGUGAUGCAGUACCAUGAAACAAUCACAUUGCCACACAGAGAGCUACAAACACUGUGACUGUGUUCAUGGAGUAGUGUCUCCAACACCGUGAUGCAGGAAGCGUUUGAAAGCACACCCUGUACAUACGUUUAAUAUUUUGUUUAUAAUAGUAAUUGAAUAAACUAUACACAAAUGCA